AGGAGAUUUCCCAGGGUCCCGCCUUCCGCAGCCCGGGCCAAGCCCGCCCGUCGCGCCGCCGAACCUUCCACCCUCGAACCGCCCAAGCGACCCAGCGCCCGCAGACACGAACGUGCCUACACCAGCCGAUCGUCUGUCCAAAGCGAACAUCAACAACACAAACAACAACAACAACGACAACAUCGGUCUCAGCAACAACGCCCAGUUCUCCCCACGCCGUCGCCGCACGCCAUCCACGUCCCCUGCCUAUCGCUUCGCCUCUCACCCGCGCGCGCGUUCGUUUUUGGACCUCACCGCAGCGUCAGUUUCCUUUGACUGGGCCGUCCACCCCCCGUUGCUUGUACCUCGCGACGUUGCCAAGGAGCUGUCGUCGCCGCAACACUCACUCUGCCAUUCCUCCGAGAACGACGCGUUAUCCCGCCAAAACUGCCCCCCUGGAGCUGCGCAAGGCAAAGGCUCGUCGCUGAAGAGAGGGAGACGACGGAGUGGGUGAUUCGCUUGGUGCAGCCCGCUCCCAUGGGCGUUUGAGCACACGUUCGCAAGCGCUUCACUCACACGCAAGAGAAGUCGACAGUGACACGCCUAUUCAGCCCCAUACAUCCAGCUCACGCCAUGACUCUGCUUCACGACAACGAGCUGGGGCCGUCGUCUGCAGCCGCCGACGCGGCGACAGCCGCUGGCGACCCUGCCACACCCUCGCUCAUCUCACCGCCCGAAUCCAAAACGCCUCCUACCGACAGACAGAAGCGACAGGCCUCGCAGCCGGCCGUGGUCGACCGGCAAUCAGAGCCCGUGGAUCCCUCCGCACUGUCCAAGGCUCUGGAAGAGUACGAGCAGGCCGGCAGGCAACGGGCAAGAACGCCGACGUCGAGUCCGAUACGGAAACGGCAAAGAGUGGCAGGCGACAGAUUCAUACCCAACAGGACAGGACAGGAUCUGGCCGCAAGCUACCAGCUGCUUCACGACGACGGCACGCCUGCCACGCCCUCGCGCUCACACCGGGGAUCGCAUUCAGAACUAAACUUCCAGCGCGUGGACGAGGCGAACAGAACGUUCAAAGAUCUGCUCCGCACAGAACUCUUCGACGACAGAGUACCUCAGACGAACUCAUCACGGGCGCAGACGCCCCCGACUACAGGAAACCCCUUUUUUGCAGGUCCAACGCUCACCCCGUCGACGCCAAACAAGAACCUCUUCUCAUUUGCAACGCCCCGAAACAAUCUCACGCCCCACAGGACACCGUCAAGCCGGCGUACGAAUGUCAACCCGCACUCGGAACUGUACAGCCUGUCGCCUGUCAAGCUUUCGAGCCAGAACAUGCUCCUAAGCCCGCGCAAGACGCCCAGGGAAGUGAGCAAGGUGCCGUACAAGGUCCUGGAUGCACCGGACCUCCAGGACGACUUUUAUCUCAACUUGGUCGACUGGGGCUCCCAAAACAUACUGGGCGUCGGCCUGGGCUCGUGCGUGUACAUGUGGAAUUCGCAGUCGGGCAGGGUCACCAAGCUUUGCGAUCUCGGUGACGACUCGGUAACGUCGGUGAACUGGAUACAGCGCGGUUCGCACCUGGCUAUCGGCACACAGAAAGGCUUCGUACAGAUCUGGGAUGCGACAUGCCAACGAAGACUGCGCACCAUGACAGGACACAGCCAACGUGUUGGCUCAUUGGCCUGGAACGAGCAUAUCCUGUCGUCUGGCUCACGUGACCGCACGAUCCUCCACAGAGAUGUGCGGUCGCCUACUCAAUGGGAGAAAAAGUUGACCUCUCACAAGCAGGAAGUGUGCGGUCUCAAGUGGAACUCAGAAACGCAGCAGUUGGCUUCGGGCGGCAACGACAACAAGCUCAUGAUCUGGGACCGCAUGAAUGAAGAGCCCACGUUUAAAUGGGGCGAGCACCACGCGGCCGUAAAAGCCAUCGCCUGGAGCCCGCAUCAGCGAGGGCUGCUGGCCAGCGGCGGCGGCACGGCCGAUCGCACCAUCAAGUUUUGGAACACCAGCCUUAGCGAUCAGGCAGCCACGCACCUGGCUUCGUCGACGCCUAGCGCACCUAUUGUGGCCUCGUGGCCGCCCACAUCAGACUCGGCAGCAAGCGCGUCGGAUCCCGUGACAUUGGGCGCAUCUGAUCGGCCUACGCCGCCAAACCUGAUCUCAUCCAUCGAUACAGGCAGCCAGGUGUGCAAUCUAGCGUGGUCACGCAAUAGCAACGAGCUCGUGUCGACGCACGGCUAUUCGCAAAACCAGAUCAUCGUUUGGAAGUACCCACGGAUGGAACAGGUUGUGAGCCUGACCGGUCACACAUACCGCGUCCUUUAUCUCGCCAUGAGCCCGGACGGCCAGGUCGUCGUCACUGGGGCCGGGGACGAAACACUUAGAUUCUGGCAAUGCUUCCGAAAAAAGGAAAAAGUCGGCGGCCUAGGCGGUCUGGGCAGCUGGGGCGUCAUAAGAUGAAGACGGGAAAGAGUAAGGGGGAAAAGAAAAUACAUGACGACAUAGGGGGCUGGCACUUUUCUCGUGCAUUCAGCAUCAAACUGGCAUCUUCAGCAAGCGUGUGAUCUGAUUCUCUUUUAAUCGUGAGAAUGACCUCAUUCUCUGUGCAUGAUGGGUGGAGUUUCAGCUUUUUCAAUUUUUUUUUCCCAUUUCUUCCUUUGGUUUCUGCACGGCGGCAAUAGCUGGAGCUUCGAGGGAUCAAGCGAUUGGUCGCGGACGGGCGUUUGUUGCUACUACCACCACUAUUACUAUAACCACUACUGCAACGACACAUGGGGAUCUUUGGAUCUACCUCCUGAGGAGGGAAGGCUGGUAGAAGCGGGGCCAUGCUAUGCUUGUGCCAUUGCUCCUUUUGGCGGUGGACUCUCAAUCAAGAGCAAACACACUUCCCCUCCCCUCUCAUGCAUGGGAUGUACGCAUGGAAGCGAACAGGGUUUUUUUUGGCAAACUAGAUACGCGAGGCGUUCUUACUUCGAAUCUACAUGGCUUCUCUGCUUGAGAAACGAG